AUGAGAUCGUUGCAGACACAGGACGCCCCGAAGCUUUCCUUCCACAUCCAAGAUGCACAUGUUGAUGGUCCGACUGUGACGCUGAAUGAGCACCAGUUCACUUUCUCCACACACGGCUUCCAGAUCUGGCCGAGAUGGUAUUCUAGCUCCCCUGAGACAGGCUCACUCGCCUUGUGUGGAGCUGGAGCCUUCGAUUAUGGCGGCAUGGAGCACCAGUCUUUCAUGCUCGCCGCCGGCCAUGGUGGCAGCCUGGAGCUCUUUUUGAGCCGCGAUGUGUUUGGGAAUCAGAUGAGUCCGGUCGGCAUCAAAUACGACGAUGGAGCUCGUCAAGCUGCCAGCCGGACGUCCAUGUGCACGGCGCAGCAGCUCCUGGAAAUUCUGAAGGCCGAACCCGAUUACCAGGACUUCCCAUCCCGCUUCGAUGAAGUUUUGCGAAAAGCUUUUGGUCAAACUGUCUACCUGGGCAUCGAGUGUGCAAGCCCCAGGGAAAUCGCCCAGCAAUGCCGCAGUUUGGGCAAGGGGACUGGCCUUGCGUGGCACUACGGUGUUGGAGUGGGAGUGUGCCCGUCGGACGCCAAGUGCUGGGAAGUGAAAGGCGAAGGGGAGCUAAAGGCCCAGCAGACGAUCAUGGGGUCUCGCAAGCUGCACGACUACGGAGAACAAAACGCAGGCAUUGGUGGCUACGUGAACAUGCGCUCCAGGACACGGAAAUCGCCGCAGGAGAUACAAGAGGAAUGCAAGGCCUGGUGCCACGACAACCCCAAAUACUCCGUUUCGAGUCACAACUGCCAGCACUUCGCCAGACACCUCUACGUCUUCCUGACCGGCCAGCGAUUCCCUUUCCUUCUUGACACUGAGCGCAACCCCGUUUGGAGCUUGAUUGGUUGGAAACGGCCUCAGGACAGCGCCGACUAUGUGAAGGGCACGCAGCCCAAAUACAGGUGA